AUGAGCGAGUACAGCUACGCGCCGCGGGGCCACCGCACGCGCGAGCCCGAGUACGUCACCGAGACGACGUACAUUGAGCGCGGCGGCCGAGGCAGCGGGCCGGUGCGCGACCUCGUCUACCGCCCCGCGCGCGAGGACAGCAUCGAAGACAUCCCGCGCGACUUCCCCCCGCCGGGCACCGAGUACCGCCAGACAAAGUACCGUGAAGAGUACGCCCCGCGCCGCACCCGCUCCGCCAACCGCGACUACGACGACGACUCCUACUAUGCCGCCGAUCGUCGCGGAGCACCCCGCAACGACCGCUACGACGACCGCCACUCGUACGCGGGCUCCUACGCCGCCGACCGCCCCAAGCCCCAGCGCCGCAAGUCCAUCGUCGACAAGGCCAAGGAGUUCGGCGAGGCCGCUGGCCUGGGCGGCGUCAUUGGCGCCAUCACGGGCAAGGACCGCUCGCGCUCGCGCUCAAGAACUCGACGCCGCGACGACCGUGGCUACGAGAGCGACCGCCGCUACGAUGACUACGACCGCCGCAGCAGCCGAUACGGCUCGCGCUCCCGUAGCCGCAGCCGUGGCGGCCGCAAGUCGGACAAGUGGGAGCAGGCCGCCAAAGCCGCCCUCGUGGCCGGUGCCGUCGAGGCCUUCCGCAGCCGCAACGUCGCAGGUCCCUGGACGGGCGCCAAAGGUCAGCGUGUGGCAACCGCCGCCCUCGGUGCUGCUGGUAUCGACGGUCUGAUCGACCGCGACCCGGACAAGCACGAGAAGCGCCACGUCGCCGAGUCUGCUCUCGGUGGUCUGCUUGCCAGCCGCGCCGUCAACGGCUCUCGUUCUCGCUCUCGUGCUCGUGUCCGUGACGAUUCCCCCGGUGGUCGAAGCCGCUCUCGCUCCCGCUCCAUCUUCGGUCGCUCGCGCUCUCGUGGUCGCUCUCGCUCGGCCUCUCGCGGAGCCGCCGACAGGGACGGCAACCCCAUCGCCAAGAUUGCCGGCACCGGAGCUGUUCUCGCAGCAGGCAAGGCCCUCUACGACCGUGUGCGCUCCAAGUCGCGUGGUCCUGGCGGCCGCUCUCGCUCCCGAUCCCGCUCGCGCAACAGGCGUGACCGCUCGCGUUCGUCCAGCGCAGACAGCUACGUACCCUCUCGCAGGAACCGUCGCUCGUACAGCCGCGGCCGCAGUAUGAACAAUACAUACCAGUCGGAAGCUCCUUCCCGGGCUAACCCAGAUCGCAGAUUAGCGGCAGCAGGCGCAGGCGCGGGAGCUGGCGCGCUCGCCGCCUCCGGAGGAAACAGGAGUGUAGCCCAGCGCGGUGGGGGCAGAGACGCCAGCAGCGAUUCGUCUAGCACGACGGACAUGGAGGAACAGCGCAAGAAGCUUCGAGGUAAGGAACUCCUGACCGCAGGCCUCGCAACUGUGGCCACCAUCCACGCAGCGCACGGCGUCUACUCGUCCAUGGUCGCCUCCGAGAAACGGCGCAAGCUUGUCGGGGAAGGUGAAAUGUCGCCCGAGGAGGCGCGGAAACGCAAAUCCAAAAACAUGCUCCAGGACGCGGCCGCCGUGGGCAUUGCCGCCCUCGGUAUCAAGUCUGCGUACAGCGAGUGGAAGGAGAUGAACGAGCAGCGACACAGCGUGAAAGAGCUGGAGAGCAGACGCCGCAAGCGGAGAAAGCAGAGAGAGCGCCGUGAACGAGAGGCCCGUGACAACGCCCUCUACGGCAUGCAGAAUCCCCAGACGAAUGGCGCUAAUAUGUAUGCGUACCCUGUAGCUGCGCAACCAUAUCCCACGAGCUAUACGGAUGCCAACCCCUACGGCAGCAUGCCGCCGCCACCCAUGGGAGCGCGAUAUUGA